CUUCGAUACUUCACCAGAGUAAGUUGGUGCCGUUGGUGGGCGAAUGGAUUGCAUUUUCCGACUCAAUCACCGACUAAAUUUGCGAGUUAAAAUACAAUUUGUGAACCACAAAUUAUAAUACUAUCUUUUUUUCACUUUUAUUUAUUAUUAUGUUCGAAGUUGGUUAGCUUUAUUUAUUAGUCUUUUAAAACCAUUUCAAUUUUUUUUUUUUGUCAUAAUAAAUUGUCGAGAACGGUUUUCUGAUGCGAUUUACAUACACACAGUGUUUGAAAUCGUUCUUUGUGAUAAAGUUUAAACUGUACCUUUAGAUUUAUUUUACAAAACAACGUAGAAUUUUUGAAAUGGCUACUCAACCGUAUGAUGACAUGGAACUGACAGCUGAAAAGGAAUUAGAUGCACUAAUAAUUGCUAGUCAAAUGGAGUCAAAUUUUGAUAUAGAUAAAAUAUUGAAUGAUAAAGCAAAGAAGAGAAAGUUUACUAAAACAAAUGUUAAGAAUCUUAUAAAGAAUGUUAUUACAAAUGCUGAUGUAGCUACAAUGUUGCGACAAACUUUGGAUGACAAUGUAGAUGGAAAUUGCUUGUAUGAACCAAAAUUUACAAGAGCAAAAAUAAGAGAAAUGUUAAAUACUUAUCCAACUUCUGCUCACCAAUGGUCUACAAGCCAGCAACAAUCAAUCUUAUCAGAAUGUACAUCAUUGAUUGAAAAAGAAUUUCCUGAUGAUUCUGAAGAUGAAGAGUAUCACCCAGACAAAAUGUUUGAGGAGGAAGAAGACGAGGACGACGAUGAUGAAUUUAAAUUGAAAGAAGUUAAUAAAUCAUUUGAUACAGAAAUUGAUUCUGAUAUUACUGAUAAUAAAACUAUAGUAGAUUUAAAUGAAAAGGAAACAAUUGGAAUGCGUACAAGGUCUAAGUUUCCUUUAAACGAUACACCUUUAGAAAUAAUUGAACAAGCUUUUAUACCACCAGAUAUUACCGAGGAUAUGUAUGAUUCAGCUUGUGAAAAUGAUGAAUGGAUAGAGUUUCUUAGUGAAUUUACAAAGCCUUUAGAGUCGGUUCAAAAUGAUGAUGGUGAAGAUGACCCAGAGUAUAAUGUUCUUGGUGAUGAUGACUUUACUAAUGUUGAUAAAGAAGAAUUUCGUAUUGAUAAAUCAGUAAAAGUCACACGUAAAGAGUAUAAUGAUUUAAUGAAUGAAUUGAACGAAUUUACUGAAAGCUUUCUUGAAUUUAAUGGUGAAGAAACAUUAGAAACUCCCACGGAUAUUAUAGAAAUUGAUGAUGAAAAAAAUGCUGUUAAACCUAUAAAUGAAAGUCAAUCUAUUCCUGUUCAUGCCUGCAUUCAAAAUAAUUAUGAUUGGAAAUUAAGUACUAAUAGUUCUUUAAAUAAUAAAAACGCUGUUAAACGUACAAAUUGUAGUCAAUUCAAUCCAGUAUUUAUGUUUUCUAAUUUAAAAUCAACUACCAAUUGCCCUACAAACAACUAUGUAAAACCAAUAGAAGUGGCCAGAUAUAACAUGCAAACAGAUAAACAAUUUAAUGUUUUAGAGUUUAAUAAUAGUCUACUUAGUAUCAAUGAACAACAUGAAAAGUUUAGUUCUGUACUUCCUUUACCAAUAUUUAAAGACAAUUCUCAGUUGGGCGUUGAAAAGCACAACACUAAUGAAGAUAUUUCUGUGAUAACAAAUAUAGUUCCUCAAUGUGUAAAUAUUAGUCAAGUAAAUAUAAUGACACAAAAACAAAUUAUUUUAUACAAACAACAACUCACACAACAUGUCCAAUUAAUAACUCAAAAUUACUUGUUAAGCACAAUGUCAAAAAAGUACCAAAGUAAUUGCAAGAAAUUUAAAUCUAUGUUGGAACAAGUCAAAGGUUUUUGUAAACAUAAAAAGUAUGCACCAAUUAAUAUAAAUUCUUCUUUAAAAUUUAUUCGAGAUUGGACUGAAGGCGUAACCAGGGAAAAAGAUAUUAAUAGUGACUAUGUCGUAUUACCAUUAUAUGUGAAAGAGUUUAUGCUAUAUUAUGAUAAGCCUGUGUUUAUCUAUCCUCAGUUGUUACCAACAAGAACUUACCAUCAUGAUGUUGUAACUCAUCCUAUUGGACCUUCGGAAGAAAAACUUUUGGUAUUAAAAAUAGAUUCUAUUUAUAAGAAGUUGAAAGAAAGUGCUAACACUCGAGCAAAAUAUAGAAAAAAGAGUUUAUCUGACUUACUGCCUAUGAUAUUAAAAACUGUACAUAGGAGAUGGUUUUCAAAUAGAACUAUAAAAUAUCUAAGACAGUUCAUAACACGACAGAAAAAUUCUUAUGAAAUGAAUGUUAUGAAGAAUUAUUUAGUACUUGGUAAAAUUGAAGAAUUUUCUUAUGUAAUUGACAUUAAAGCUCUCUUUAUGGGAAAACGUUUAUACGAGUGUGAUGUUCGAAGGUUUCCAUCAAGUUGGAAAUCAAUUAGAAACCAAUUAAAGUUAAGAAAAUAGAAAUUUUGCUUUUUUGUACCUUUAAGAUAAGUCCUUAAAUAAUUAAGCUUUAAGAUUAAUUACUAUUAUAUUUAUUAAAUUAUGGAUAUUAAAGAUAAAAACAAAUCAUUGAUUAAACUAUUGUAAUUCCACUCUAUAUUGAUUAAAAUGUUGAAUGUUAAUAAAAAAUAUAACUUAUU